AACUUCAGCUUUCUUUCUAUUUGGGCCGAGGAAGAGAUCAGCAACAUGAGCUCCCUCAAGCUACAGAAGAGGCUGGCAGCCUCGGUGAUGCGAUGUGGCAAGAAGAAGGUCUGGUUGGAUCCGAAUGAAAUCAACGAAAUUGGAAACACCAAUUCUCGGCAAAACAUCCGUAAACUGAUCAAGGAUGGUCUGAUCAUCAAGAAGCCGGUGGUGGUGCACUCGCGGUACCGCGUUCGCAAGAACACGAUCGCCCGCCGCAAGGGACGUCACUGCGGUUACGGCAAGAGGAAAGGUACGGCCAACGCUCGUAUGCCGCGCAAGCUGCUGUGGAUGAACCGCAUGCGCGUGCUGCGCCGCCUGCUGAAGAAGUACCGCGAGGCAAAGAAGAUCGAUCGUCACCUGUACCACGAUCUGUACAUGCGCGCAAAGGGUAACGUGUUCAAGAACAAGCGCAUCCUGAUGGAGCACAUCCACAAGCGGAAGGCGGAGAAGGCGCGCAGCAAGAUGUUGAACGAUCAGGCCGAGGCCAAGCGUAACAAGGUGCGAGAGGCCCGCAAGCGCCGCGAGGAGCGUAUCGCCAACAAGAAACAGGAGCUGCUGCAGACCAUCGCGAAGGAGGACGAAACGGCGCACGUCACCACUGGCAAGAAGUAAGCGGAUUCCUGGCGGGUUAGUGGCAGCAGGGGAGAGUGUGUGGAGCACGCGGAAUGGCGAUUAUACUGUGUAUUCUUAAGAAAGUUUGAAAUAUGUUUCCUCCUCACGUGGGCCGACCGGCACGCCAGAUUGUCCAUCCAUCGUCCGGUCAUCCCUUGGGUACAAAUAUAUUUCAUCCCUUUGCGGAAAAAGUAAAA